CAGUGAAAUUUUAUUUUUUUGACGUCAUCGGAAAUAUUUUACGGCAUAAGAAAUACCUAACAAAGUUAAACAAAAAUGACUGAGCGUGCACGUUCAUACCUUUAAAAAGCAAUCUAAAUGCAAUAGUCUGCUGUUUUUGAUUCGGUUCCGGUAUCAACUGCAGAAAUGCAACAGGGUUUGCUUCUAUUAUGGAUACUAUCAUCAAUUAUAGGAUCAUUAAUAGCUGUACUAUUACCAUUUUGAAUUAGGGUAACAGCACAAUCAUUAGUAUGAAUAUUAAAGAAGUAAAUGUCAAAACUAUGCAAUGCUCUAUAUGUAACUUCAGUGAAACUGGACUAGAUCGUUUAGUGGCUCACAUACGUAGUCAUAUAAAACCAGAACCAACUUCUAGUUGUACUUCUUAUCAAAUUGAAAACAAUCCUUUGUUAAAAACCUCUCAUAAUAAAAGUGUAAAAGUUCUUGAAAACUCUUAUGAUGAUGACUAUAGUAGUUUACAAAAUAAUUGGUCACCAGAUAUUGAAGUAACUAAUCCACGUUCAGUUAAUAAAUUUGAUAUGUCUGUAUGGAAUUCUGAAACUUUUAAGCAAGAUUAUUCACAAAAAAUUUUUGAAUGUACUCCUAGACCAGUUUCUUUGGCAAGAACAACUUAUCAACCAGUAGAAGAUAUGUUUGUUCCUCAAAAUAUUGGUGAAAGGUUGAUCUCAAAUUCAAUAUCUAAUUAUUUUCCUGUUACCCCAGUUCAAAUAAUUUCUUCUCAAGAACAUACUUUAUCACAGGAUAAUACUAUCCAAAACUUUUGUCAGUAUUUAGAAGCAAAGGGUCAUCACCAUUUGUGUUGUCUUAACACUGAUUGUCUAUACCACAAACAUUUAAGAUGCAAUGAUUUAGCAAAUAAAACUUGCAUUUCAACAGUUUUACCUCAGUCUCAUAGCACAUUAAAUUUUCCAGUAAUGAAUCAUAGUUCUUCAUCAACAAUUCAAAAUGCUUUAGAAUCACACAGUACUUUGACAUUUGGUAGCUUUACUUCAACUGUGCAAAAUAAUCUUAGUCAGUCAUCAAGUUUUGCUACACAAAAAUCUAACCUUGUUUUAUCAGAAGCAACUCGUUCACCAGAGGGUCUUCCUAAUAUUUACUUCAGUGAUAAUCCUUGUAAAAUUGCAGGUGCGUUAAACAAUUACAAUCAUGCUAAUAAUUCUUUAUUUAAAUUACCAAAUAAUGGAAUGGUUUUAAUGAAUUCUGCCAACGACAUUAAUUCAAUUGUUUCAUCAUUAAGUAGUCUUGAAGGAUUGUUAUUGAUUCCUUUAAAGAGCACAAAAGAAGUUUCAGUUCAAACAGAUCCCAUUGAAAAUCUGUUUUUUCCAAAGCAGCUGCAAGUAGCAUGUGUUCAAACUGAAUUGAAAAUGGGACAAAUAUCGGAAUGUGACUUUAAUGUUGAAACAACUACUUUUCCAGACUUUUGUUCAACUGAAGGUUUUUUUGAAUGUCUAAUUUGUGGUGAUGAUUUUAUUUCUAAAGUAAUGCUUCAAGAGCACAACAUUCAAAAACAUUCUUUUUUUUGUGAUAAAUGUGAUCACGUGUCUAACAAUGCAACUGAACUUUUGAUCCACAAAAAUACAUGUGGAAAAACUGAUCCUCAAAUGAUAUGUCAAGAUUGUGAAGAAGUUUUUAUUUCAUUAAAGAAAUUAAAUCAACACAGAAUCAAAACACAUAAAGUACGUAUGCCGUUUCGAUGUGGUAUUUGUAGUACUCCUUUUGAGCAUCACAGUUUUGUAUUAGAUCACAUCUCUAUGCAUGAGGAAAUUACACUAGAAUUCAAAUGCAGAUACUGUAACAAAAACUUUCAAACAGCAGAUGCUCUUAGUAAACAUUAUGUUCGCCAUAAGUCAGUAAAAGUUGUUUAUGAAUGUCGUUUUUGCAAGCUUUCUUUUGACUCUAAUAAAUUACUAAUAGAGCAUAUUGGUAUUGAACAUGUUAUUUCUGAUACAUUAGAAAAUGAAAUGAGUCCUAGUUUAAACAAAAAAACUGAUAUUCCUAAUAAUGAAAAUCUCUCUUCUAUCAACAAUUUAGUUACAACUAAAAAGCUGUUAUCAAAGUAUAAGGGUGGACAUAUCUGCAAAAGUUGUAUGUUAAUUUUUAAAUCAAAUAAAUUUCUGGUAAAACACAAGUUUAGGUGUGUUAAGAAAAUGCAAGGCGUAGCAUCUUUUACUUGUGACGUUUGUGCAGAGUUUUUUAUUUCAGAUGCGCUAAAAAAACAACAUUUAAAAAUCCAUCAUAAAAGGUUUAAUGGUUACCGCUGCAUCAAAUGUUUUAAGGUUUUUAAAACCUGGAUGCUCUUAAAGGAUCACACUGAGCGUUUGCAUACAAAAAUAUCCUGCGAUGACUGUGGUGAGAUAUUUAUUAGAAUGACUGAUUUGAACAGCCACAACUUAAUAUUUCAUAAGAAGCCGAUAAGUGAUAAAUAUAAACCAGAAAGCGAUGAAUUUAAUCGUGACCAAUGCGAUUUAGUAAUGCAAACAUCUGAUUUGAAUUGUCAUGAAAAGAAGGAACAUACUGAUCUUUCAAUUGCUACAACAGAUGCGACAUCAAAUUUAUCUACUAACUCUUCCAGUAUGUCAUCUACUCUCAAGGUCAAUUUCAAAGGUGCUUCUAAGUUAGCUACAAAAGUGACUCCGAAUGAUUUAUUAAAAACUCAUUACCAAGAAAAUUUAGAGCGAGUGGUUCCAAAAACAAUUCUUAACAAAAACAUGAAGUUUAUUUGCUCAGUUUGUAAUAAAGUCACUAAAACCUCUAUUGGUCUUCAAUUUCAUCAUACUCGUGUUCAUGGUAUGAAAAAAGUCAAUAAUAUUAAAAAAAUUAAACUGGCUAAACUUUUUCACAAGAGGGAAAAGUGUAUAGAUUUACCGUCUGUUGAUGAAACCAAACACAGCAGCGUUGUUUCUGAGUCUGAUCAAAAAGCCCAAGAGUUCUCUCAGAAAAAUAUUUCCGUAAAUUCCGAACCAAAUAAUUGCCAUUUUCAACUUAUGGAUUCUGCAAAAAUAACUUCGACUAAAAAUCAAUGUUCAGACCUUAUUCCUCAACAACAUAAAUGUCUUAAAUGCAAGAAGUUAUUCAGCAAUUAUAGAGGUUUUUUGGUGCAUUUUAGAAAAACCCAUAAAACAAUUGACUCCGUUGAAAAUCAAUCGACGUCAUCUAUCAGCACUGUAAGCGAUUUAACCCCAACAUUGUUUAAAAAAAAGUUACCUUAUUCAACCCUUGAUUCCAAGAUAUCCUUAGAUUGUCCAAAAUGUGAGCGUACUUUUGCUCGUAGGAAAGCUUUAGUAACUCAUAUGUUAACUCGUCAUCAAAUAAUGGAAAAAAACCAUUUAGAAUAUUGGCCUAAUGGCAUACCGAAAUUAGCCGUUUCGGCAUCUAAUUGCACAAAGUGCAAAAAGAAAUUCAGUUACAAAGGAGCAAUGGUAAAGCAUUGGUAUGAAUGCAAAGGACGACGUUCUGUUUUAAAGAAUUCUCAGAUAAAUGAACAGAAAAAUGUUGAAAAUGUUCCGAAAAACAACGAAAAUGCAUUGUGUGUAGUUGAAAAUGUGAAAGGUCCUCCUGCAUGUUUUAUAUGUGAUCGUUUGUUUAACACUAAACGAGAUCUAAUUCUACACGAAUUUAAAGUUCAUGGAAUAAGAUGGAUGGGCCAAAAACGAAUACUGCCAAAAAAGGUACGCAAUUUACCAAAAAUAAAUGAAUUCGUUUUUCCAAAAGGUAAAAAGAAGAGGAAAAUAAGAGAUAACGAAACAAUCGAAAAUAAACGAAAACGAUUAGUAGUCAAAAACGCAUGAUGUAAUGUUUUGUAAAAAUUCUUCAAAUUUUUUGAAUAACUAUAAUUAGAGCUACUUUUUUUUUUUAAUCAACCAUUAUGAAAUCUUUUUUUUUUAAUUAAAGAACCAAAAAAUGUAUUUUUUUUUUACUUUAUUAGUUUAUGACUCAAAUCAGAUAUGAUGA